AUGACCACAGAAAAUAUACAAUCUUCUGCAACAGAUAAGAAAUCUCUAGCAUUUUCAGAACAACAUUAUUUUUCAUCUUAUGACCAUUUUGGUAUUCAUGAGGAAAUGUUGAAAGACAGAGUGAGAACACUGUCAUACAGGAAUGCGAUUAUGAAGAACAAGCAUUUGUUCAAGGACAAGAUUGUUCUUGAUGUUGGCUGUGGUACUGGUGUUUUAUCGAUGUUUGCAGCACAAGCAGGUGCAAAGCAUGUUUUAGCGGUCGAUAUGUCCAACAUCAUCGAAAUGGCCGAAAAGGUCAUUGAUUUGAAUGGUUUCUCCGAUAAAAUUACCCUGUUCAAGGGUAAACUUGAAGAUGUCAAGCUACCAUAUAAGGAAGUUGAUAUCAUUAUAAGUGAGUGGAUGGGAUACUUUUUACUCUAUGAAUCCAUGCUAGACACAGUUUUAGUUGCAAGAGAUCUUUAUUUGAAAGAGGGUGGUCUUUUGUUUCCUGACAAGGCAACUAUUCAUGUUGCAAUGGUUGAAGACGAGGAGUAUAAGAAUGAGAAGAUCCAUUUCUGGGAAGACCCAAUGCAACUAUACGGCUUUGACUACACGCCAUUCUUGAAGGUUGCAAUGAGCGAACCAUUAGUGGAUACCGUUGAUAAUGGCAGUGUAGUUACGGGUCACUACGAAUUGAUUGAGUUUGAUUUGAAUACGGUCAAGAUUGAAGAUUUGGCGUUUGAGAGGAAAUUCAAGUUGAAGGCAACAAGGGAUGAUAAGAUCCAUGCUUUAUUAGCGUGGUUUGAUUGCUCCUUCCCAAGUGAUAAACCGGAAAACGUAGUCACUUUUUCAACAGGCGCCCAUGCUCCAUACACACAUUGGAAACAAACUGUUUUCUACCUUGAUCAAGUUUUGGAUGUUAAAAAGGGUGAAGAGAUCACCGGUUCCUUGGCAAGUAGACCUAACGAGUUCAAUAAUAGAGAACUGGAUAUUGAACUUAGAUGGAACUUCCCGGCAAGCGGUGAAGAAGAUUCCCGUAGACAGAGCGGUAAAUACAACUACUUUUUGCGUUAA